AUGAACAUUCUCACUGCCCAAAAUAGAUCUGCACCCAUUUGCCGGCUAGGGCAAGCUUUUGUAGUUAUCGGUACGAAAACGAAAGACAUCUCUGAACACCAACACCAAACGAGAGCAACAGAAAACCAGAUCUUAAAAGAUCUAAGACAAUCAAUGCUGAAUAGCGUCAAAUUGACUAUCAGGAGGGGAAGGGCAAUCCAUAUUUGGGCAGGGCAUGUAGGGCCAUCCUUCUCCAAGAAGGGCAGAGAGCGACCUCAAAAUCAAGCAAAAGAAGAGAUCUUUGUCUCAGAAAAAACGAAAAACCAUAGACAGAAAAGGGAGAAGGUGAAGAUCCCAUAUGAUAAACCAUACAUCAUUCUUAAAGGAGAAGGGAAAAGAAGAACUCUGAUAGUUUGGGGAGAUCAUUAUUCCACGUCACAAAGUCCUACUUUCAUGUCUUUAGCGGAUAACGUUAUAGUUAGAAGCAUUAGCUUUGUGAACACGUACAAUUUCCUUCACUUUUAUAAUCGUAUGGCACCAGCGGUAGCUGCCAUGAUUUCUGGAGAUAAAUCUGCAUUUUACCGGUGUAAUUUUGUUGGGGUGCAAGACACUCUGUGGGAUGAUCAAGGUAGACAUUAUUUCAAAGCUUGCACCAUUCAGGGAGCUGUUGAUUUUAUCUUUGGUAGUGGCCAAUCUAUAUAUGAGGGUUGUACCAUAAAGGUACUUGGAGGUGGGUUUAUAACUGCACAAGGAAGAGAUAGCCCAAAUGAUUCAAAUGGAUUUGUGUUCAAGGGCUGCAAUAUCUUUGGCACUGGUCUAACCUACUUGGGGAGGCCAUGGAGAGGGUAUUCCAGGGUGAUAUUCUUCAAGUGUUACUUUGCAAAUGUUAUACAGCCCACGGGAUGGAAUUCUUGGAAUUAUGUUGGCCAAGAGAACCAAAUAACAUAUGCAGAGUACGGAUGCUAUGGACCAGGAGCUGACUCUAGACAGAGGGUGAACUGGAUGAAGAAGCUGAGCCUUCAAGCCAUAAAUGAAUUAACUAGCAUGUCUUUCAUUAAUUCUGAAAACUGGAUUCAACGGCAACCUAUUUAGCCUAUUUGGUGAAAAGUACCAAGUCAUUCCAUGACUGCAUUUUUUUUUAUUUUUCUUUUCUUUGUACUAUUCAUCCUCCAAUAUAUACAUCUUCCUUCUUCAUUUUAUGUUGCCGUGUCUUCCUUGGAGAAAUGGAAUCUAAGAACAAAUGUUUGGAUGCAUUGCUCUUCAAUAAUCCUAUAGGAAACACAUCAAAGCAAAAUGGCUCCAGAGAGGCCAUAUCAAUUUGCAUUUGCUCUACUUAUCAUUGAUUCCAUUGCCUAUUUUCUUCUUAUAUACUUGUGUUUUAGGUAUUUUGAAGAGACCUUCUCUAUCAUUGUCAAAAGUUGAGAAUGGGUUUCACAUCCCCUUCUGAGAACUUUUUCUCUUAUUCUAUUGCUUCUACAUCAAGAAUGCCACUGUAAGAUACAGAAAUGACCUCGAGAAAGGGGUAAGCUCGCUAAUAAAACAAUAUUUUGCCACAAUAGAAA